GGGACUGAAAACCAAGUGAGGAGAUGAAGGAUUGCACUGUACCACACCAGAGAAUACAGAGAGGACAGACACUGCAGUGAGCUCCUGACCAUCAUCAAGGACUGUGGACUCCAAGUGUCAUGAGAGCUUCAAUCUUUCACAGAGCCUCAUGAACCACUGACUCAUUCCGUCACAGGAGAAGUUGUUCAAAAUGUGAGGAGGGCUCCACAUGCUCCUUAAAUUACCAAAGUUGCAAAGUGCAUCUGUUGAGCAGUGACAUGGGAGGGAAACCGUUGAACAGUGAGUUGUGUGACCAAGACUUCACACAGUCAUUAACACUCAUUGGACAUCACCAAAUUCCCAUUGGGGAGAAGCCUUUCAAGUGCAAGAUGUGCCACAAAUCAUUCUCGCAGUCACAGACCCUCCUCAAACACCAGUGUAUUCACAAGGGGGAGGAAUCGUUUACGUGUGAUGUAUGCCAUAAAUCAUUCUCAAGGUCAAUGAAUCUCCACAGACACCAACGCAUUCACACCGGGGAGAAACCGUUCACAUGCGAGGUGUGUGAGAAAUCGUUCUCUGAUUCAUCGAACUUCCGUGUGCACCAACGUAUCCACACAGGGGAGAAACCAUUCACAUGUGAGGUGUGUGACAAAUCAUUCUCACAGUUAUCCAGCCUGCAGGUCCAUCAGGCAGUCCAUACGGGGGAGAAACCCUUCAAAUGUGAGGUAUGUGAUAAAGCUUAUGCCACAUCGACCAGACUCCUGAUGCACCAGAGUAUUCACACAGGGGAGAAACCCUUCAGGUGUGAGGUUUGCAAGAUAUCUUUCAUUGAAUCUUCGGAACUGCUGAUUCACCAGAGGAUUCACACAGGGGAGAAACCCUUCAAGUGCGAGGUGUGCAAGAAGUCAUUCUCACAAUCAUCGAGUCUGCACACACACCAACGCAUUCACACAGGGGAGAAGCCAUUCACUUGUGAGUUGUGCCACAAAUCCUUCCCCUACUCUUCGAGCCUCCGGGUACAUAUCCGCAGUCACACAGGGGAGAGACCGUUCAGGUGUGAGAUGUGCGACAAAUCAUUCUCUCACUUAAUGAGUCUCCGUGUACACCAAUGUAUUCAUACAAGGGAGAAGCGCUUCACUGGGGAUGUUUGUGAGAAAGCCUUCACACAGUUACAAAGCAUCUUGCAGCAUCAGACAAUCCAUGCAGGGGAGUAACCCUUCAACUGUAGGAUUUACAAUUGAGCUGUUUACAUUCUUGGACUCUCCUUUGACGCCAGAGAGAAACUCUUCUGGGGCAACAUUUGCGGGUGGGCUUCACCCACUCAUCUGAUUUCCUGAAGCAACAAUAGAUUCACACUGAUGACCAAGCAUUCAGGAGUGAGGUGUGUGACAAGCCUUUCACAGAGUUUAUUUCCGGUACAUCAAGGGAAAGAACCCUAACAGUGUGAAUUUAGUAAUAAAACUGUCAUAAUUUUGUCAAAAUUAAACUGACCACCAUGGGAUUCUUAUGAUGUUCAGUUUGCAAAUGACUGCACUGUCAUUGUUCACACUGCAACAGAUUUGUGUGUUGUCUCAAUCUCUUCAAUUCUUGUGUCAAAAGAAAAUUUACACAUUAACAUGUGGUCGGCCAAGUAUUGUCCUCCCAUAUGUAUUAAAUUAGAGACUCUGGAAAUGUUCAGCACUUCCUCAAUGGACACCUCUCUAAAGAGGCUGCCAUUGACAACAAAGUGCAACACAAGACCUUUGUUUUUGUUAUUUACAUAAAUGAUGUGGAUGUGAACGUUCAUGGCAUGAUUGGUAAGUUUACAGAUGAUACAAAAUUAUGAGGAUUCAUUGAUAGCAAAGAAGAUUAUCAAAAAUUACAGAGGGAUCUUCAUCACAUGGGGAAAUGGGUUGAAGAUUAGCAAAUGCAAUUCACUACAGAUAAGUGUGAGGUAUUGCAUUUUGGAAAGUAACACCAGGAUAGGACUAUUACAGUAAAUGGUAAGGUCCUGGGGAGUGUUGUGGAACAGAGGGACCUAGGAGUACAAGCACAUAGUUCAUUGAAAGCAGAAUCACAGGUGGACAGGGUGGUGAAGAAGGCAUUUAGCGUGCUGGCCUUCAGUGGUCGAGGUAUAGAGUGUGGGAGUUGGGAUCUUAUGUUACAGUUAUAUAUGUCAUUGGUGAGGCUGCACUUGGAGCAUUAUGUAUAGUUUAGGUCACCCUGUUAUAGGAAAGACAUAGUUAAACUGGAAAAUGUGCAAAGAAUAUUUACGAGGAUUUUGCCAGGACUACUAGCCCUGAGUUAUAGAAAGAGAUUGGCUAGGAUAGGACUUUAUUCCUCGGAACAUAGUAGAAUAAGGGGUGUAUAAAAUCAUGAGAGGCAUAGAUAGGAUAAAUGCAUAUAGUCUAUUUUCCCAGGGCUGGGGAAGUGAAAACCAGAGGGCAUAGUUUUAAGUUGAGAGGGGAAAGAUUUAAGAAGGACCUCAGGGGCAACAUCUUCACGCAGAGAGUGGUGUGUAUAUGGAAUGGGCUGCCAGAGGAAGUUGUUGGGGCAGAUACAAUAGCAACAUUAAAAAAAAUUUGGAUAGAUUCACAGAUGGGAAGGGUUUAAAGGGAUAUGGACCAAAUGUCGGCAUCAUGGCCAGCAUGGACCAGUUUGGGCUGAAGGGCCUGUUUCAAUGCUGAGUUAAUCUAUGACUCUAUGAUUCUAUGUCUAGAUCAGCCAUGUUAGUUCAGCACAAGGGUUUCACCGCAAUAGAUCAUCCCUGGUGACUAUUAAAGAUCAAUCCUACUGACUACAUCUGACCAUAUGAAUUGGGAGCAGUAAAGGCGAUUUGGCUCCUUAAGCCAUCUUUUCAGUGAGAACAUGGUUGAUCUGAUUUUGGCCUCAACUCCAUAUGCCUGCCUUCCCCAAUUACCUUUGACCCCACUGUUAGUUAAGAAUUUAUCAACACCUACUUUUAAAAUAUCCAGUGACCUUGCCUCCACUGCUCCCUGGGGAAGAGUUAAUUGACCUUCAGCAUUCAUUCAUUGAUUUAAAAGAGAAUCUGCUUGUUUUAAAAUGGUAUCCCCUAGUUCAAAUGACUCCCACAAGGAAAAAACAUACUUUCAGGGCCAUCUUGUCUAGUCCCCUCAGGGUCCAAAUAUUUUAAUAAGGCCACCUCUCAGUCUGCUAAACUUCCAACGGAUAUGUGCCCAGCCUAUCCAAUCAUUCCUCAUCAGGUAUCAGGUACAAGAAUCAGUCAAGUAAACGUUUUUUGAACUGCUUCUAAUGUAAUUAUGGUCUCUCUUAAGUAAGGAGACCAAAACUGCACGCCAUCCUCCAAGUUUGGUCUCACCAAUACCUUACACAACUGUAGCAUAACAAACCUAUUAUUCUGAAAUCACCCCAUAGUCUAUACUUAUUCUUGAGUACACACACCCAGUUCUUGUAAUCCAAUGACAAAAUACUGUGAAUGUUGAAAGUCUGAAAUUUAUUACAAGGUAUCAAAAUCCAAUGCAAUUAAUUUAUGUUCCAGUCCUGCAGAUGUUGUAACCUAGCCCGAGAACAACCAUGAUGUAAACCUAUAUAAAUUCAUAAAAGAUAAGAGUAGAAAUGGGCCAACCAGUCCAUCGAACCACCUCACCCUUCAAUGAGAUGAUGACUGAUCUGAUUCUCAACUCCACUGUCCUGUCUGUUCCCACAACACCUGACUGCCUUACUGGUGUGUCAGCCUCGAAGGUACUCAAUAGCUUUCUGAGUUAAAAAGUUCCACAAAUUAACCACCCUCUGAGAGAAGAAUUUCCUUCUCAUCUCUGUCUUAAAUGGGCAGCUCCUUACUCUGAGAUUAUGCCCUCUGAUCUUAGACUGUCCCACAAGGGGAAACAACCUUGCCACAUCUACCUCUGUCAAUUGAAAUUCCUGUCUUUGCAUUUCUGUAACUAACUUGCACAAUAUCCAUUCAGCGAAAGUGAACGGGAAAUCCUGAACUGUUGAACUUUAUACUCUGAAUUGGACAGAAUAAAAAGCUCAGCUCAAUAAAAUCAAAACGUGUCAAAUCUUUCCAACUACAGCCUCAGUUCACUCCCAUGUGCUUUCUUUAAACUAUGGUGCAACCUUGGCAAUUAAAGAGAUGGCAACCAAAAGAUUUUCUCAACAACCUCCUACUGCAGACGAAUUAAGAUUUUUCAUCACUGAGUUUCUAUGUCAUACAAGAUAAUAAAUUAAGUCUUGUUAAUUACACAAAUAUGUCAACAGGGAAUCAAAACCACUUUCCUUUACAAACACUGUGCCGUAAUAUAAAGGAAUAGAAUUGAAGAGCAGAGAUAUUCUUAUGAACUUGUCUGGAACCUUACACAGAUCUUGCUCAAGUGCUGUGCACAGUACUGAUCUCCAUAUGAAAAAGGACUUUGAGGAACUGGACAAGGUGUAAAAACCAUUGAUAAGGGUGAGAUUGAGAAUUGAGAGAUUGUAACUUUCAGAGUGACUGAACAGACCAUCAUUGUAUUCCUGAGAAAAGAAAAGGCUAAGAGCUGACAUAAUAGUAGUUUUCCCAAUCUUUCAAGUUAAGAACUUAAGGGUAAAUGGAAGGAAGAUUCUUUUUCUUGUUGUGUGGAGAGUCUAAAACUAGGCCCCAUCAAUAUAAGAUGGUCAAUAGUAAAUCCAAUGAGGAAUUCAGGAGAAAUGUCUCCACCAAGAGAAUGAUGAGAAUGUUGAACUGGCUCCUCCAGGGAAUGCUUGAGGAAAUAGCUUGGGUGUAUUUGUUGGGAAGCAUGUUAAGUCUAUGAGUGAGAAAAGAA